AUGAACGACCUAAUAUGUGAGAAGAACAUAUUCAUAUACUUAUUGUUCAAUUGUACGAGUGCUCAAAACAAUUACGAUCAAAGGAUUCAAUCCGAUUUAUACAGUUUUGGAAAAUCAAUAAGAAACGCGCGACACAAUUUAUCCACAAUCGUAAUCAUCGAAUUAGUUAAACGUCGCGACUCAGCCUGUAAGAUGCAAAGCUCAUAA